GGAGUAAUUAAUUAUUAUGUACAGAGACGAAUUAUACCAAACAAUUGAGGACUACAUCUCUUCAGCCGUCCCCACCCUCGAAGACGCCAACUACAACGAAGAGCACCUCGCUCUCUUCCAAUCUGCCUUCUCCAAAACCCAGGAGUACUACUCCUGGCUCACUGAGAAAGAAUGGAAAACCUCAAAAGAAAAGAAUGGUGUCAUCGUAAAGACAGAAGCCAUGAUGCCCUGCGGCAUCAAAGAUGCCGCAGAGGUGAUCAUGAGUGAUGAGACGGAGAUGAGUCUUGAUGACAACAUGCAGGAGAUAACCACCCUUGAAGAUAUUCAUACCCCAGAGACUUGUAGUUGUGUUCAUUCUGUGGUACAGUAUCGCAAGACGAAAUAAUAGCUUCUUCUUCAAAUCCAGAGAUUUUGUCAAUUUUGUGACUUGCAUUCCUCUCAGCGAUGAGUGCUAUCUUUUCGUAACAUUUCCAAUUGACCAUGCUUGUGACCCAAUGAAGGGCAAAGUAAGAGGAUAUAGUGAAGGUCUGUUUAUCUUUGAACAGAUUGGGGAAGAGGAAACUAAUGUGAAGAUGAUAUCUAAAACAAUUCUUGGAGGAUCAAUUCCAAAAAGUAUAUUAAAAUCAUUCUCCUCAGAUGGUUAUGAAGAAAUGAGGGCUUACCAAAGAAUCAUCACAGAUGGAUCGUAAUAAAGA